UGUACAUACAGAAGAGGAUGACUUUGUUCCAGAGCUUCAGAGAAGCAUUCAUCCCCGAGAGAGGCCGGACUGGGAAGAGACUCUCAGUGCUAUGGCGAGAGGUGCAGACAUCCCUGAGAUUCCAGGGGAGCUGCCUCUUCGGACGUGCGGCAGCACAGCGAGCAUGAAAGUGAAGAAUGUGAAAAAGUUAUCCUUUACCAAGGGCCACUUCCCGAAGAUGGCAGAGUGUGCACAUUUCCAUUAUGAGAAUGUGGACUUUGGCAACAUACAGCUUUCACUCCCGGAGGAACAGAAUGAAGUAACAAGGAACGGCUGUGAAUCCAAGGAACUGGUCUACCUUGUGCAAAUCUCUUGUCAGGGCAAGAGCUGGAUUGUGAAACGGAGUUAUGAAGAUUUCAGAGUCCUCGAUAAACAUCUCCACCUGUGUAUCUAUGAUCGGCGUUUCUCUCAGCUCUCAGAGCUACCCCGCUCCGAUGCCCUGAAGGACAGUCCAGAGCUUGUCACCCAGAUGCUGAUGGCUUACCUGUCACGGCUCUCAGCCAUCGCAGGCAACAAGAUCAACUGUGGGCCUGCCCUCACAUGGAUGGAGAUUGAUAACAAGGGGAAUCACCUGCUAGUCCAUGAAGAAUCAUCCAUUAACGUGCCUGCCAUUGCGGCUGCCCAUGUUAUUAAGAGAUACAUUGCUCAGGCAGCAGAUGAACUGUCCUUUGAGGUGGGAGACAUUGUGUCGGUUAUUGACAUGCCGCCAAAGGAGCUGACCACGUGGUGGAGGGGCAAACAUGGAUUUCAGGUGGGAUUCUUUCCGAGCGAGUGUGUUGAGUUAAUUAACGACAAAGUUCCUCAAUCUAUGACCAACUCUGUGCCAAAACCAGUGUCAAAAAAACACGGCAAGCUCAUCACUUUCCUACGAACAUUCAUGAAGUCGCGCCCAACGAAACAGAAACUGAAGCAACGCGGGAUCCUGAAAGAGAGGGUGUUCGGCUGCGACCUGGGAGAGCAUCUCCUCAACUCCGGCCAUGAUGUCCCCCAGGUCCUCAAGAGCUGCACCGAAUUCAUUGAGAAACACGGCAUUGUGGAUGGAAUAUACCGCCUGUCAGGAAUUGCGUCAAAUAUCCAGAAGCUACGCCACGAGUUUGACUCGGAGCAGAUCCCCGACUUGACUAAAGAUGUUUACAUUCAAGAUAUCCACUGUGUGGGCUCCCUCUGUAAGCUCUACUUCCGCGAGCUCCCCAACCCCCUGCUCACAUAUCAGCUGUACGAGAAGUUCUCAGAUGCUGUGUCUGCUGCUACAGAUGAAGAGCGAUUGGUUAAAAUUCAUGAUGUCAUCCAGCAACUACCCCCACCGCACUACAGGACACUGGAGUUCCUAAUGAGGCACUUGGCUCAUCUAGCUGAUUACUGCUCCAUCACAAACAUGCAUAGCAAGAACUUAGCAAUUGUCUGGGCGCCAAACCUACUAAGAUCGAAACAGAUAGAGUCUGCCUGUUUCAGUGGAACAGCUGCCUUCAUGGAGGUCCGAAUCCAGUCCGUGGUGGUGGAAUUUAUCCUGAAUCACGUUGAUGUCCUCUUCAGCUCCAAACUCAGCUCAGUAAUACGAGACGGGGCAGGUCACACUUCCUUAUCACGCCCCAAAUCACUGCUCGUCUCCUCGCCCUCAACUAAGCUGCUCACCCUGGAGGAGGCACAAGCAAGGACGCAAGCCCAGAUCAACUCCCCUAUAGUGGCAGACAGUAAAUACAUUGAAGUGGGAGAAGGCCCUGCUGCAUUACAGGGGAAAUUCCACACCGUCAUAGACUUUCCAUCUGAAAGAAAAAGACCGCCCAACAAGAUGAAGAAAUCCCCUGUUGGCAGUUGGCGCUCCUUCUUCAACCUGGGAAAAUCCUCUUCUGUCUCCAAGCGGAAACUGCAGCGCAAUCCAAGUGAGCCCUCCGAAAUGAAAGCCAUAGCGCUGGCAGGUGGGAGAGGAGAUAGCGGGACCCUGCGCUCGGCUAAAAGUGAAGAGUCUCUCACUUCCCUGCAUGCUGUUGAUGGUGAAUCUAAACUGUUCCGGCCUAGAAGACCCAGGUCCAGUAGUGAUGCACUGUCUGCUUCCUUCAAUGGGGAGCUCCUGGGGACCAUGAACCGCUGCAAUUCUUAUGAUAACCUGCCCCAUGACAAUGAGAGCGAUGGGGACGAGGGGCUGAUUCAUGUUCCUGCCCUCAUCUCUCCUAGGUCAGCAGAAGAUGUUGACCUGAGCCCACCGGAUAUUGGAGUAGCUAGCCUGGAUUUUGAUCCUAUGUCUUUUCAGUGCAGUCCACCCAAGGCAGAGUCCGAGUGCCUGGCUAGCAGCAUCUCUCUGUUGGAGUCCAUGGGUUUUAACAGGGACAAGCCAAGUGUAGCGAAGAAGGAUUUGGAGUCUGGUAGCCAGAGUCAGACCCCUGGCAGUGCCACAAGCUCUGAACCAGUGUCCCCCUUCCAAGAGAAAAUGAGUCCCUUCUUUACUCUGGACCUGAGCCCAACUGAGGAGAAAGAAUCCAAAACUCACUCCUUCUCGGAGAAGGUCGCCCAUGCCUUCUCACCUAAGACGGGCCGAAAGCCAAUCAAGUCUCCGCUGGUGACUAUAUCAGAGCCAGUCUCUUUGACGCUGCCCAGACAAGCGUGCGAAGGGAUGCCUAGUGCUGCAGGGAAUGCGGCUUCUCCAAACUGGAGCAAAAGCGUCAACGAAGCCACAAACAGGUCCCCAACCCAGAGGAUGUCUUUGCCCCUGAAAGCCAGCGAGAUGGCAGCAGGUGAGGGGUGCCACCAAGAGGCCCAGACCCAGGUGAUUGCUGCCAAGCCAGAGUUGCAAGAAGAAGGGGAGCGACCCAUGCCAAGCAGCCAGAAUAAGACUGUACCUUCUGGACACACUCAGCCAGGAGCAGUUGCCCUCGACUCCCCCCAGGAUCCUGUUCCUGUCAGUUCUGUGUCUCUUAUCCCUCCUCCUCCUCCGAAAAACGCAGCACGCAUGCUGGCCUUAGCGUUAGCUGAGUCCGCACAGCAAGCAUCUACUCAGUCCCAGAAGAAGCCAGGAGAUGCUCAUUCUGACUGUACAAAUUACAGAGACACUGACACUGGUAUAGCUAUAGAAAAGGUCCACCUCUCUGCUGGGGCUGCUCCAGACAAGCUCCAUCUGUAUACGGAUGUUCCUGAGAACCAAAUCCACUUCCAGAGUGGGGCACCUGGGGACCAACUCCAGAGUGGGGCACCUGUAGACCAGGACCUCACUAGGACACCUGGGGACCGCAGUCAUCUACACCGUAGUACACCUGGAAACAGGGACCACCCCCAUCUGCAUACUGGCAUGCCUGGGGACCUGCAUAGUGGCACAAAGGUGGACUGGAAUCACUCCAACUUCCAUAGUGGAACAGUGGGGGACGAGGACCACUUCCCCUCCCAUCCAGGUGGCCCUGGGGAUUGGGAGCACACUCCUCUCCAUACAGGUGCUUUGCUUGGCCGGGAACCAUCCACAACAGAUGUGCCUAUAGACAAGCCACACCUCCAUACUUGCAUAUCUAUGGAUAAGUAUCACAUCCCUGUGGAGAAGCUUCAUCUCCCUGCCAGCACAGCUGAUGACAAACUCCAGCCGCCUCCUGUAGCUGCCAGGGAGAAAACCGCCAUGGCUACAAUGACAUACGUGACAACUACCCAGACACCAGCAACUGAGAUGAGUCAUGGAACAACAGGUCAGCACCCGGCCGCUGAACCCACCGCUCAGGCAGAUGGUAUUGUCACGGCUGCUCAGCGCAUUCUUAUGACCAAUUCCCUAGCACCAUCUCAGAGACAAGCAGACCAUCAGCCAGCCAUGGGACAAGUUCCAGCCGUAGCCACCAAAGGAUCAAGUAGUUCCAACCAGGUACGAGGAGCACCGCCUCCAGAGAAGCCGCCUGAGCCUCGACUAGCGGAGCCUGCUCCAGUUUUUGUCACCGAAAGUAGCUCCGCUAUCCGAUGUACCUCGUCUACCGCUGCGUCCCACCAGGGCCAUUUGGAAAAGUCCCGAGAGAAUGUCAGGGCUCCCUCUUUGCACCUGCGUUCGGAAUCGGUCCCCACGCACUCCUCCUAUGGCUUUGCGCCCCCCAUCCCGCCCGUGAGAACACUGGAGAGUAAGAUAGCUGCAGCCAUGCACUCCAACAGUAUGGAUGCAGUGAAUACCUCCAGUUACCAUUCCUUCCUGGCUUCCUCCAUUCUGCCAUCGUCUGUGGAGGAGGCUUUGCCCCCACCGCCACCGCCCAAGCACGCCUCUCUGCAGUCUGCAUAUCUGCCCCAUCCCAAGCCAGAGAGCACCCCUGAGCCGCCCAUGUCAGAGAACUAUCUGCACCACAAGCCAGCGUCCGUCCAUCAGUACAGGCCAGAGAGCGUCCCGCCGCAUCUCUCCUACCACGGCAAAUCCGACCAGCACCAAGCUUACGCCUCCAGGUCGGAAACGCCCACUUCCAUGGGCCCCCGCUACACCACCUAUGCCAGCCAAGGGAAGAACACGUCAGUCCAUCACUCCAAGCCUCGCAGCCGCGUGGAGUACGCGUCCUCCAUGAGCCCUACCACCCUGCGGAGCACCGGGUAUGCAGAGGAGCCUCCGCCCUACCCCACCAUCCGCAGGGUGCAGUCACUGCACGUUUCCACCCCUUCCACCAUCCGCUCCGUCCCCAUUUCGCGGACAGAGGUGCCUCCCGAUGACGAGCCCGUGUACUGCCCGCGGCCCCUUUAUCAGUAUAAGCCAUGCCAGCCCCACUCAGAUUAUCACGUCACUCAGCUGCAGCCUUACUUCGAGAAUGGGCGCGUGCAUUACAGGUAUAGCCCUUAUUCCAGCUCGUCUGGCUCCUCUUAUUACCCCGCAGCAGCAGACGGGGGGUUUUAUGACCUGGACCCCUACAGCACGAUGCGGCUUAGGCAUUUCCACCCCCUUCCUAGCCGAGACUUUGCAUCUUACACCUCCAGGCUGCAAAGUAAGAAUCUGUACCGCUAUCCCGGCCUGCCUGCCUAUCCUCGGGGAGGCCUGAUGAGCCACCUGGCGGGAAAAGAGCACAGCUUUAUCAGCAGAGAUGUGCCCCCAGCCCCGGACAUCAAGCACACAUACAUGUCAUGGGAUCUGGAGGACAUGGAGAAAUACCGCCUGCAGUCCAUCCGCCGGGAGAGCCGCUCACGCCAGAAAGUGAAAGGGCCAGUGAUGUCCCAGUACGACAAUGUGACUCCUCUGCUGCAGGAGGAGCUGGGGGGGCUGGACAUCAUCCACCUCCGCAGCAAAUCGGAUCCUGGGAAAACUGGUCUCCUGACUGUAGCCGAAGGGAAAGAAGGGAGGUAUCCAACCAAGGCAGCCACCCCCGAAGGGGACGAACGUUACUAUCUGCAGCACUCGGAGCCGGAGCCGGACAGAACCCAUUACCAUGGGGCCUAUGGGAAUGGGCAGUCAGAGAAGCCUUCCCUUCCCCAGAAGCAGAGCAGCAUCAGGAGUCGAAAGCUGCACGAGCCAGGCUGCAACGCUACAGAGCACAGGGGACACCUGCAGCAGGAAGCAAGCCAUCGGCAGCCUUCGGAAUCCAAAAAUGGGCCCCCUUACCCAGACUACAGGCCAAAGGGUGGCCAGGAACCCAUGGAGCCCGUUGGUUUCCAGCACUCGGGGGGGAAGUACGUCACAGCCGGACAGGAGGCCCUGCGACCUAACCACAAGGAGGUGAAGCUGGCAGAGGACCGGCCAGACUUGGAAAGGCCUCGAACCAGGCAAACAGCCCCUGCUGAGAAACACACCAGAGACUGCUAUAAUAAAGAGGAGGAGCACCACGUCCAACCCAUGGCGCCGCCUCCCAAGCCAGAACGGAGCCACAGCCUCAGAAUCCGGCAUCCGGAGAGCAUGGACAGGGACCCUGGCCUCCUGUACCCAUACCAAACCCUUGGCAAACGCCAAAGCAGUCUGACAGUGGUGUCCCAGUACGAUAAUUUGGAGGAUUACCAUACCAUGCCUCAGCACCAAAGAGGGGGCUACCUUGGAGGAGGGGCGUUCAUGCCCCCUGGCUUUCCCCAUUCACACAGUAGGACAUAUGCCACAGCAUUGGGCCAAGGGGCCUUCCUCCCUUCAGAGCUGUGUUUGCAAAGGCCGGAAACAGAGAUCCAUGCCGAGUGAGCUGGGGGAAGGAGGGAUAGAGCCUAAGCAGCCUCUGCUGGACAGUGGACUGUUUUAUUUUUUCAAUGACAAAAUUUAAAACAAAAAACAAACAAAAAAACCCACCCCCAUGAGCAAAGCAAACCCACUCUCAACCCUGCCACCAGCUCACCACUCAAUGUUUGUCCUAGGUGUAGAGUUUUCUUUCAUGUCGUUUGAGAGGUUGGAAUGAUCACGCAGGCUGUGUUGGCAUGUGGAAAGAUGAGCCAGGACCCAGAGAGGCAGAGCAGAUCUGAAAGAGGAAUGGUGGGGAGGGGCAAAGGGGGUUUCCUUCCCCUGGUUUGACAUGGGCUGGUGGUUGCAUGCAGCUCUUCUCUUGGUGUCUCCCAAGCAUAUCCAGUCACUCUCCCAACUGCCAACAUCAGAGGAGUUGCAUGAAUAGGUUUUACCCUUUGAAUGAGAUGCCGUGGGGGAAUCUGUCCUGACCCUUUCAGAUUGAAUCAGUAACACACCGCAAGCUGUGGGGAAAGGACAGCUUCAAAGUGUUUGUUUCCUCCUAGAUUAUUGGUGCUCUGCAUCCCCUUGAAAAUUGUGGAGGGGAAACUGGGCCUAAUCCAGUUCCCACUGAAGUGGGAGUGAGAUUGGCCCCAAGCCAGGUCACAGAGCUGUUACAGAACACAGUCUGGUUUUUAAAGGCUCAUUGAACAAGCAGCUUCUAGCUAGAGAACGGAUAUUUACUGAAACUCCAGCAUUCACCCUCAUUCUGAUACUAUAAAUGGAGACGAGUUUUGAAAGCAAAGCGAGCCAGGGCAGCACUUCUACCUUUGAAAGUAAAAAACCCACCCUCUCUCCUGCCACGCACACUCUUGGGCACAGGUGAUUGAGCAGCAUACAUAUUUCAUGCUAAUUCCUCUUUACUUACAGGCUACCCACAGAACCAGCUAUUUAAUUGCACGUCCUAGCUGGCCUGAAACUACCAUCUAUUUACGUCACUAGAUGAUUGUGUCCAGCUUAUAAACUAGAGCACAGGUUCCCUGCUGGGAGCAACUUGCAUAAUCACCAACUUAGCUGCAUGACCAUGGAGUUGCUCUGGGCCAAAUAACUCAGUCCUUACUUCAGGAAAACUCCUGUUGACUUUCAUAUUCAGCCUACAGGAUGAGGCUCUCUUUUUAGUACUGCCUCACCCACAGUGAGUUGCUGUAAGUACAGAGCAGUUACGUGCUGUGGGCGCUAUGAAAUAGCAUUGCCUCCCUUAUUGCAAGUGUCGUUCACACCAGGAUUCAGGCAUUGGGCUGGGGUGAAGGGAUGGGACAAUGCACCUCUUUAUAACACACUCCUGGUGUUGCCCUGCCUAUUUAAAAUGCUCUCCUUACUUCAUAGAAACAAGACAGCGUUUCAUCUGCAGCCUCUCUGGAUUCACAGCCAUUUUAACCCCACCUUAAAGCACAUACAUUUUAUGAGACAGGGCUUCCUAGAAAAUACUUGUCAUUUAGCAUUUAAAAUAUUCAGAAUUCACCCAUGCUACGGGGACCUUUCCUGUACUGUUGGAUCACACAACUUCUCUACCUGUUUUGAAAUUCAGAGGGUUUAUUUAAAGAAAGCAUCUGAGAAGUUCUCUUAGCUGAAAGUCCUGGAGCUAGCAUAGCUAAGAUUAUUAAAGGAACUCAUGUCAGAGCCUCCUAGAACAAGUGUUUUAUUCAUUGCUAUUUUUGGCUUUUAAAGUAAUAAUAAAAACCUGUCAGCACUCACAGGGGAACAACACACUUCUAAUAGGUACCUAGUCAUUAGCAGUUUGGUUCUUUUAAUCUCAUAGCCUUUUCUGGGUCUGUUUUAACUAGGAUAGCCUAUGGUCUGAUUUUAUGGUGCAAUGUAUUGUUUUAAGAAGAAUUUGUUUAAUAUAGAGAGUUUUUCCUAAAUGUUAUGGAAAUAAAUUUAGCUGUCAGGAAAAAAGCACUGUGAUCUAGGUUACCUCAAUAUCAUUCACCUUGUGACUAACUAGAGGGUGUUUUUCUUUUCCUUUCUUUUUUGGGGGGAGGUGGGGGUGUGUGAAAGGAUAAAGCAUGAAAGGGCUGUUAGCUGAAAACACAGAGCCACUUAGUGGACCAGCCAUUCUCUCUGGGCUACUAGCCAAUUCUGCUAGUAAAUCUGGCUUUCCUGAUACAAUCUGUCCAGGGGAAUCUAGCUGCAGUACUCAGUCAAGUCCCAAUACUAGUCUCUAAACAUAACUUAGCACUUCAUCUCCCCUCUGCUGCUCCAGAGUGUCAGCCUCCCUUGUUCUGGAUUUGGGGCAGGAACAAACUCAUUGGUUCAGGCUAUUCAGGAUUGAGGUGACAAGGACAGCCUGUCAAACCUCUCUCCCCCUCCAUCAUCGCCUUAAUUCUCCUUCCAACCUCUCUGUAUUGGCCUUAAGUUACCCAAAGAAUCCUCCCUAUGAGACAGCUGAACUGAGCUCCCUCGAACAGUGAACAUCUCUGCUCCUUUUCCUGCACUUGUUGCCUACCUUGAAGCUAGCCUGCUCCUAUAGGGCGUAAGCACCAUCUCCCAACUAUUGCCACUCCUUACGAGCAGUAGCAGCAAGAGACAGAGCCUGGGAUCUCAGCCUGCUCCACUGUUCGCAGCAUGACAGUCUGCACAGCACCCUACCAUCAUUGGUUUCCGUGGAAGUCAAGGUCCCUCAGCACCAUACAGGAAUGGCCCCGUAAGUGAACAACCGACCCCAUCAUUAAGGCCUUGUCUAGACAUGAAAAUUAAUCUGGAAUAAGGUAGGGUGUGACUUUAGAGCAGACCAGCUAUUCCUGAUUCACCUCUGUGGAUGGAUGCUCAUAUACCAGAAUAAGAGUACUUUAUUCCAAAUCAGAUUAAUCCCUGGAUUAAACUAACUCAGGUGUUCUUAUUCUGGAAUAAGAGAAUCCCCGCAUGGAGUUAGUCAGGAAAUAGUCAAUUCAGACUAACUCCCUAUGUAGACAAAUGGAUUAAUGGCUUUACAUCUCUCUGAUAACAGCCCUCUUAAAGAUCAGGGAUCUUUCUUUUUUGUUCCAGCAUGAGACAUUCAUUCAGCCUCUUCCCUUUAAUGUACUUGGGAACAAGUUUAUCCCUAGUUUCCUCCCAUGCCCAGCCUUACAACAUGCAAUUGGAGGGCCAGCAGCCCUGUAAGAGCCCAACUGGUAACUCAACUCCAGGGUUAGGGCAAGUGCGCUAAUGAAGGGGUGAGACUAGAGCAGCAAGCAAGGAACUUGAACCCUUCACAGGCACUCCACUGCUAAUAUUUUGAACCUUCUUUUUCCCUUAACAAAGCCAUAUAGUGAACUAUGCAGUUCUGCUCUUGUACUGUGGUUAAAUUUUGGAACUUGAUGGCCCUUAGAGAAAUAAUCCCACCCCAUUCAUUUGAUUAUACACCCAACAGUGUCCAUUCUUCAGGAAUGGGGACCACUGCAGAGAGGGUGGGAAUUGCCCCAGGUCAUUCAAGAACAAUAGAGAUGUGUUCUAGAGUCUCAGGUGGCCCUUGGCCAAGUAGUAGUUGGGUAUGAUGCACAACAUGGCAUGUAGUCCCAUCAGUGAAUGGGGUAGGGAGGGGAGACCCCUGCUGGGGGGAAAAAAUUAGGAUGAUAAUGUACCAACUAUGUGCCAGGUUCUGCUCAUCUGUAGUAACCUAUUGUCUAAGUAUAACCUCAGUAAGAAUACAUGAGCAGUAGCAGACUUGGCAAGUUUCCUAUACCUGUAUCACUGCCUGCCUGCCUCUUUAUUGCCACUUGCUGAGUUUUCAGAUUAAUUUCUCGUUACCAUGUGGGCCCAAUUCUGCUCUGGGAGUGGUGUAGAGAUCUGCUCUGGAUUUGCACCUGCAACUCAGAGCAGAAUGUGGCCCGUAAAGAAAGCUCUCCGUGACUACAGAUGUUGAGAUCGCAACCAAGGCGUGGGCCCUGUCACAUCUACUUCAGUUCUGAUUUUAAAACGUCUGAUCAGGUUUAAACUUAUAUGCAUAUGACAGUAAAAACUUUGUGCCUACAGGUCUUUACAGAGGUAAUAGGCUUGUGCUUAUCACUUGGGGGGGAGGGGAUAUCAGUGAGGAUUGCACAGGUGUAGCAAAUUGCUACACAAAACCAAAAUAAACUUGAAAAAUGUAUUGUUCCCUUUAGCUAUAAAAGGGACAGACCCUUGUGUGUAGUCUUUGCCAUUCAUCUCAUUGGUAUGUAGACAAAGCAUCGACUGAAACAGUGUGUAAUGUGCUAGAAAAUCUGAAUGAAAAAUUGCAUUGAACAUUUAUUUUUUAAAGGGCCUGUGACACUCUUCCAGAACCAUGUGCUACAGAAGUCUGAUGCCACAGACAUGGUGUAGUUUAAAGAGGUGUACACAGUAACCCCAGUGCGUGCAACCAUUCUUGCAAAAACCAACAUGAACAGUGAUGUUUGCAGUUCAUUUUCCUGCUGUAAAAAUGUGACCCUUUUUGCCCUAAGCCACAUGAGAGAAAAAUCCCAGAAAGCCUUAGGAUUACCUUCAGCGUUCCCUUCACUUUAAUUUAUAGAGUGUCUUAUUUUCAUGUUUGGGUUUUUUUUUUUUUUUGUGAACUGGUGUAAAAUGUAUAUGCUGACAAGCUCAUGUAUUUUUAUGUAAAUAUUUUUGUGGUUUUCCCAGCCCCGCUCUGUAAAUACUUAGAUUCUCAUUUUCUUCCCACUUUGUAUGAUGCGGAUGUGGUUUUGUUUUCUGUUUUUAUUUGUACUGUAAUGCAAUGAUCCAGACUGAGGUGUCUUGUGGUAUUUAAAAAACAAAGUCACCAGUCCCACUGAGCUCACAUUCAGAUGUACGACUCAACAGCAUUAAUCAAGCCUGGUUAAAGCCGCCUCCUUUGCAUUCGUGUGUGUUUGUGCCUCGGCCAGGUUAAUUAAUAAUAUACUGAAAAGAGCUAGGGCGUGGAAAAACUAGUUUAGAGCCAUGAGGUUGUGGGGCCAGGUACCUCGAAAGACGAGAGAGGUGAUGAGUGCUGUAUUUAUGUGCCAAGCCUAUUGCAAAUUGCUGCCUGUCAGUCUGUCCCAGCGCUUAUCUGUUCAGUUACACCUGUGGCAUAACUGUUCUGAAAAGAAAAAAUAAACCAACCUUGGCUUUCCUAGUC